ACAGAGAAGACAAGAAACAAGAGGAUCACAAAACUUGCUGUACUUUACCAUACUUUUUUUUUUUUGGGUCUAAAAUCUCAACUUGUGAAUUUUGUGGUACCCUAAAUAAAAAUCCUAAAACCCACAAUAUUGUGGCACAGAUUCGUCCUUAGUGUUAUCUCUUCGUAUUCGAUAUACCCCCAUUAAAAUCCACAUAUUUUUCCAACCCACCCUUCAGAUUUUCUCUCUCCUCAAUAAAAAUUAAAAAUCCCUCCCAUUUUUCUUGGGAGGGUUUCUGAAAAUACCCAAAGAAAAGCUUCAAACUUUCCUUAAAAAUGGCGAGUUGGGUACUUUCAGAAUGUGGUUUAAGGCCUCUCCCUAAAAUCUACCCUAAACCCAGAACAGGGUUUUCCUCAAAUAAUCCUUUAAAAAUCAAAAUUUCCCCUGUUUCCCCUGUUUAUUCAGAUCUGAAAUCCAUUUCUUGUUGUUCUAAUUCUAGAGAGAGAAAAUGGGAGGUUAAGGUGAGUGCCCCAGCAAGGGUUGCCACCCCAUCUCCAAUUGAGGAAGAUAAUAAUGAUAAUGGGGUUUUUGAGGGUUUUAAUCCAGGUGCACCACCUCCAUUCAAAUUGGCAGAUAUUAAAAAUGCAAUUCCAAAACAUUGUUGGGUUAAAAAUCCUUGGAAAUCAAUGAGUUAUGUUGUUAGGGAUAUUGUUGUUGUUUUUGGUUUGGCUGCAACUGCUGCUUACUUCAACAAUUGGCUUGUUUGGCCUCUUUAUUGGAUUGCUCAGGGUACCAUGUUCUGGGCUCUCUUUGUUCUUGGUCAUGACUGUGGACAUGGAAGUUUUUCCAAUAACCCAAAGCUGAACAGUGUUGUGGGCCACUUGCUUCACUCUUCAAUCCUUGUUCCAUAUCAUGGAUGGAGAAUUAGUCAUAGGACUCAUCAUCAAAACCAUGGGCAUGUAGAGAAUGAUGAAUCAUGGCACCCAAUGUCUGAAAAACUGUACAAUAGUAUGGACUAUCUGUCCAAGAAGUUAAGGUUCACUGUUCCGUUUCCCUUGCUUGCAUACCCAAUUUAUCUGUGGACUCGAAGUCCCGGUAAAUCAGGUUCACAUUAUAAUCCAGAUAGUGAUUUGUUCACCCCAAAUGAGAAGAAUGAUGUGUUGACCUCAACAGCUUGUUGGUCAGCAAUGGUUGCAUUGCUUGUGGGUUUGUCUUUUGCCAUGGGUCCUAUGCAGGUGCUCAAGCUCUAUGGUAUUCCCUAUGCGAUUUAUGUCAUGUGGUUGGACUUGGUGACCUACUUACACCAUCAUGGGCAUGACGAUAAGCUUCCUUGGUACCGUGGUGAGGAAUGGAGUUACCUUCGAGGAGGGCUUACAACACUUGACCGUGAUUACGGAUGGAUCAACAACAUCCACCAUGACAUUGGAACUCAUGUCAUUCAUCAUCUUUUCCCACAAAUUCCACACUAUCAUCUAAUUGAAGCAACGGAGGCAGCAAAGCCAGUUCUUGGACAGUACUACCGCGAACCAAAGAAAUCAGGACCUUUUCCAUUAUACUUAUUUGAUGUUCUAGUAAAAAGCUUCAAGAAAGAUCAUUAUGUUAGCGACACUGGGGAUAUCGUCUACUACCAAGCAGACCCAAAUCUGUAGUCUGACAAGAUUCAAACAACUGCAGAAGAUUGAAUCUUUGGGAUCCUUCCUGUGAUGCCCAAGUUAUGAUGAUGAACCCAGUGAAUGUGUUGGCGUUACAAGCAGGAGGGAUCCAAUUAGAUUCGUGAGUAGUCAUAUAACUUAUGGAGUAAUAGCCUCAAGUCGUGUCCUAGUCUGGUAACAUAGAGGAGGGCAUAACACAGAUGCCCACAGAUGGAUUGAACUAUCGUGUUGUACCUGUAAUUAACGGUGCAACAUUUUGGAAGGAGGAUGAUUUGGGCGAAUUUAUAUUCAUAAUACGUUACGUGGGUGUUGGUCUGUUUAUUGUUUUACUUCUUUGUCACACAGUCUGUAUCAUACAUUAUUUGCAACUUCUUGUAUAGAUGGUUGAACUCCAAAUUUAUAACAGCAAUAUGCAUAAUUUUGCAUAUUACAACCAAUAA